UUGAAUCUGGCCUCGAUUGUUAUCAUUCCUCUCUCCCUCUCGUUGUUCCUUCAUCUGUGAAUGUUGCACAUCACAGUGAGCCCACGGCUGAAUCGAGUAAGGCUCGGUGGCGAGUUUCCCAAGAGGACACCUUGCUCCAGCUCGUUCCGCAAUGGGGCUAUAGGGUCGUGUUUAUUAUUAUUUCCCGUUCCCGCGCGUAUACCCCGGCACUUGCAAAUAGCCGCCUCUUGCAAAUCAUCUCUCCGUUCGAUACCAAGAGUACUCACGCCUCAAACAAAAGUGAGGAAACACAACAUUCAAAUCGAAUUUGGAUUACACAUUUCUCGUUGUCAUUAUCACUACAUAUUUUUCCCCAGGCCACACCACCCACCGCCAUGGCUAAAUCGUGUUUUAGAUAUCAAUACGCCUGCCCUAUGA